AUGUCUUUUGACUUUUGCUAUGCAGAUGUCUUGGCCCUCGGGGACAGUGAUGAAGAAGAUCCUGUCUUCGAAAUAGGCAUCAAAAAGAAGAAGAGCCACAAGAAGGCCUCCAGCGACCAGUAUAAGAAAGUACAAGAAGAGAAGAAGCUUAUGGAAAUAGCUGCAGGAGCAAAGAAAACUCGUAAGCGAAACAGGAAGAAGAAGCAUGACAGGCAGUAUCGCAAGCCUAAUCUAAAGGGCAUUGAAGAUGAAUUGCUUCAUAAAGAAACCGAAGAUUUUCAGAAAGACACGUAUCAUAUGGUACAGGGAUCUGAUACGACUUGUGAAGAGACCAAGGUUGUUCCAACUGAAGCUACAACCCCUACUGUGAAGGGACUUACUGAGGAAGAAGUCAAAGCAGCUGAUGACUUCAUUGCUCAGUAUACCCAAAUGAAGUUGGACCAAAACUUUGAAGAGCAGACUGUUACAUCUGACAUUGAAGAAGAAAGAUACUAUGGAAACACUGAGUACAAGCUUAAGCUUGCUCAGAGUACCCCAGAAAGGAUCUUGAGACUUACUACUCAGAUGAAGUUCAGACUCCAGGAAGGAAGUGGAGAAGCUUACUAUGUUAUUGGAGUCGGAGAUAAGGGAGAAUCCAUUGGAAUUGAUAAGAAGGAAAUGGAAGCCUCUCUUAGGAUUCUCCACAAGAUGGCCACAACCUUGGAACUCGAAAUUUCCAUUGUUUACAUUAACAAAGGAAGGCAUGGUGAGAUUGUUAAGGUCAAGGUUAUGUAAAUAACCAACCUUAAUAAGUCUUAGUCUGCCUCUUUUGGUAAUGAUUAAGACAUCAAGGUGAGGCUGGGCCUAAACGAGCAAGGAAUCAAGUAGUAAAAUUUGAGCCCUACUAUCUAUGUCCUAGCAACAGCUAAGAUAUUAUCAGUAGAUUCGCUCAAAAUUUAUAGGUGGAUGAAUAGAGAUCUCUUACAUCUCUCUCAUCUGCACACUUCUUAGAUAUUCUUCAUCUCUACGAUUUAUCGGUGAUUUCAUAUUUUAGUGGUUAAUUAAAAUCACUUUUGAAAUCAUGAGGUGGGGAGCUACUAAGAUUCACAAAUAUUAAGGAAGUUGAGAUCUGAAACAUCUUGAAGCAACCUAAAUUCCCCAUAUCAAACACUAGUAUCGAAUCAAAUAACGUUAAGCUCUAUCAAAGAGGAUAGAGGAGCUUUGGAAGCAACAACUAAAUUUCGGAGUACAUUGACCAGGACCCAUUCUGAUCAAUGUUGAGGUUUAGUGCGCCUUCCUCGCUUUUCAUUCGUCCUCUGCAGAGCUUUAACACCCCCACCCCUUGAAGAUUCAGGAAUUCAGGAAUUAUCAGGAAAACUAUACCUAAAAACCAACAUCCAUGAAGCUGCUUAGAACCUAGAGAAAAGACUUAUAUACUUUUAAUAAGAAAAUAUAAAUCGGAUUUCCAACAGUUACAUCACAAACUUAGGUGAAGCAGUUCACCCGCCUAAAGAAUCGAGCAGACAAAGCCCUACAAUGAAGAAGCUCAACUGAGACUCUCAUUGUGAAUGAUUCCCGUUGAGGCUAGCCCUAAGCCGUCAUCAAUAUUUAAUUUUUGACCUCAUAAAUUCAUACA